AUGUCCACGACAACCUUUCUCGUCGGGGCCUCAUCCAUCGUGACCGCCUCCAUCGGUGCCGACCUGCACAUGACCCAGUCGCAGAUCGUCUGGAUCGCGGCCGCGUCUACCCUGACCGCAGGCGCCUUCCAGCUCGCCGUCGGCCAGCUGUCCGACCUGCUGGGCCGCAAGCUGGUGUUCCUGGCCGGCAUGGGCUCCUUCGCCGUCUUUGUCCUGCUGCUCGGCUUUGCGCAGAACCCCUUCUGGAUGGACAUCGUCCUAGGCGUGCUGGGCAUCAGCUGUGCCAUGGUCGUCCCGCCUGCCGGUGGCAUCCUGGGCCAGGCGUACGGGAGGCCGAGCAAGAGGAAGAACAUGGCCUUUGCGGCCUUUUCGGCCGGGAAUCCGCUCGGAUUUGUGUUGGGAAGCAUUGCUUGUGGGAUAGCCACGAGAAUCUUUAGUUGGAGGGCCUCGUUCUACUUCAUCUCUAUGCUCUGGGCAGUAUUCUUCCUCUUUGCUCUGUGGGCCGUACCCAAGGUCGAAGCAUACGCUCCCGGACAGCCCUUCAAGGAGCGUCUCGGAAUGUUUGUCAAGACCUUUGACUGGCUUGGGGCUGUCCUCACCUUGUUUGGGACGGGCAUGCUGUCCGCUGGAAUCACUCUGGGCCCGACAGAUGGCUGGAAAUCCCCAGUGACUCUCUGCCUGCUGAUCAUAGGCAUUCUUCUCAUCGGUGUCUUUAUGUACUGGGAGACCAAAUAUUCUAAUCCCAUGAUGCCGCCUUUCAUCUGGAAAGAUAGGAAUUUCAAUCUCAUCAUGGUCGUCGCAGUGCUCGGCUUCAUGGCAUUCCAGUCCACCUCCUUCUACCUGGCCUACUUCAUGCAGGAGAUCAAACAGUGGGACGCCCUGAACAUCGCUGUCCACCUCCUGCCGCAGGUCAUCGCCGGCCUGGCCUGGAACGUUCUCAUCGGAAGCGUCCUCCACAAGGUCAACAACACCCUGAUCAUGGCCGCCGGGUCACUGUCGUACCUGGCCGCCAACCUGCUCCUGUCUUUCAUGAAGUCCGACAGCUCGUACUGGGCCUUUACCUUUCCUGCUUUAAUUCUGAACGUUGUCGGGGCGGAUUUCCAAUUCAACGUGGCUAAUAUGUAUGUAAUGCAAUCUCUCCCGCCCCAGCAACAAGGACUCGCAAGCGGGAUAAUGAACACCCUGAUCCGCCUCUCUUGCACCGUCGCCCUCGGCAUUGCCACAGCCGUCUACACCUCUAUCGAGACCUCCGCAGCAGGCCAGGCACAGCCCAUGCUCAAGUUCACGCGCACCUUCCAGGUGUCUGUCGCGCUGGCGGCACUCAGCUGUCUGUUUGUCCCGUUCCUGCGCGUGGGAACACAGGCCGGUCUGAAGAGCAAGGAGGAAGUAUAA